AUGUUGAAUGACCUCACACUGAAAUACAUCGAGAAAAGGAAUGCACCUACCGCCGUGUUCGUCCCAAUAUUACUCCCAAUAAAAAUUAAGGAGUCGGUGGAUUACACCACCAAACAGCUUUUCAACCUGAAGUUACUCCAGGAACGGCAAUGUUUGCCGAGUUUCUCGAAAAGAAAACAAAAGAGGGAAGAGAUUAAUAAGGUAAAGAGCGAAAUACGCAUUCUUAUUGUUCGGCUAGAAAACUAUCUGAAGGAAAUUAAUGCGCUUGAAUGCACGCUGGUGCUGAAAAGGCGAAUGAAAGACCAUUUCGCACAGAUAGUGCAUUCCCUGCUGGUAGAAUACAGGGAAAUGCAACAGAAAUAUCUCAGAAAAAUAAAAAAUUUGCAAAUUUUCGAUGAUCUAGAAGAUACGCGGCCGUUCCAACCCAGCCAUAACCAACCACAGAAACUCAUUUGCCAGAAGAAACAGAACGAUAUAGAAAGCAUACGCUCGUCGUUGUACUUCAUAACCUCGGUAUUACUUGAGAUGAAGACAAUAAUUGCCAGUCAUUCCAACAUGAUAGACAGAAUCGACUAUCUCGUUGAUGAGACCAAUAAUAAUCUUCGAAUGGCUAACAAAGAAAUAGAAAAGGUUCCAUCCAAGUAUGGGGGUCUAAAAGACAGGUUUAUCCUGGUUCUAUUACUUGUCACGAUCUGUCUUCUUUUUUUAUUGGUCCUUAAAAUUUAUCGUAAAAGACUAAAUUUGGAAAGGUUCGUGGUCAUAAAUGGAAGACAAAUGAUUCAAUAAAAGGUAUUAGUAAG